AUGGUAUCAAUUCCUAGACGCAGUUCCGGCGUGGCCGGAUUUUCAUACCAAUUAGACAAACUAGAAGCAAGUGUUAUGUAUUUUCAAUUAAUAAAAGACAUUCUCAUCAGUAUGGCACACGGAGAAAAUGCCAGAGCCGAAUUAAUUAAUCUAUUUCGUGCAUAUUUCCAUGAUAAUACAAAUGGAUUACGAAAAGUUGAAGAAUUUGAGCGUGAUUAUCGUCCCGAAGAUGCUAUACUGUGGUACACUAAAGAAAGUUUCAUUUACACGACACUAAACAAAGCUCUACGAAUACAAGAUAUUAGUACUUUGCAUAAAAUGCGUUGUUUUAUUGCUGAUAUUCAUCAUCAGCUGGAUUAUUUAUGUCGGCAGUCAAAUUAUACAUCAAACUUCGAAGUUUAUCGUGGUCAAUGUAUGUCAACGCAUGAUUUUCAAAAGCACUCGCGCAACGUAGGAGGAUUAAUUUCAUUCAACAGUCUGUUAUCAUGUAGCGAGGAUCACAGGGUAGCACUGCUAUACGCUAAUAGUCAAGACCGAAAUGACAGCAUUGUGCCAGUUUUACUCCACAUUAUAGUUAAUCCUGGUGUUCGCAACACGGCAUUUUCGAAUAUAAUCGCAGUCAGCGGUUUUGGUGAUAUUGAGCAAGAAUUUCUAUUUUCUAUGGGUGCCAUUUUUCGUAUCCUAUCAAUUCAGCGGUAUAAUCAAUCUAACCGCAUACAAGAAUUCUGUCUACUAUUGACUAACGAUGAGGAUAAAGAUUUAAAGGAUGUGAGAGAAUAUAUGAGACAGGAAAUAGGAGGAACCAAUCAUUUAAUCAAUUUUGGUAGAUUACUAAUCGAAAUGGGGGAUUUGAAUCAAAGUGAGCGAUUCUACAAAAUUGUACUUCGAGAAGCGUAUGCAAACCAUGAUCCGCGCAUAAUAGCCUGGAUUUAUAACGAUCUAGGAUUUAUCGCCAGUCAAAAUGGUUUUAAAGAGAAAGGAUUGCAGUUUUACAAAAAAGCACUGAGAAUCGGCCAAGAGCGAUUUCCACUGCAAGAUCCACAGCUGGCCCCUAUUUUAAAUAACAUUGGUGAAUUUUACUUUGACUCGGAAGAUUUCGAUAAAGCUGACGAAUACUACCGGAAAGCUCUAGAAAUUGAUAUGAAAUCAACUGCACCUGCUCUAUACAAUCAAGCUAUACGCUAUCAAAACAUCGGAAUGGUGUACAACGAGAAACAGAAUUACAAGGACGCGCAAAAGAAUUUCAAAAAAUCUUUAGAUAAAAAAAUGUCAAUACUACCACAGAAACAUCCUUCAAUAGCUAUUACGCACCGUUCUAUAAGUGGUGUUUAUUGUUCUCAAGGCCGUUUUACAGAAGCACUGCAGCAUUGUCAGGCGGCCUUAGCGAUUGAAAGAAGUUCAUUGCCACCGUAUCAUGUAUCGCUAUCAAAGACGCACCAGUGCAUGGCUCGCAUCUACCUCGGCCAAGAGCAGUUUAUGAAUGCUCAAAAGGAGAUUGUGGAAGCUCUUGAUAUUGCAAAAAAAACAUUACCAGAACAACACAAAAUUAUACUCGCCAUAAAAGACGAUAUGGUGAAGAUUUUUCGAAAGACAAAAGCUUAG